AUGAGCGUUGACGAGGAACCGGAGUUUUUGAAUUGGUUAUUGCGAGUAAUUGGAGAAAACUUGCCAUCUGAUUUUGAUAUUGGUAAUGUUGACCUUACUGAGUAAGUUUUUUUUAUUUUAAAUUUUUUUUGGAUUUUAUUGUGUGUUACAAUAUUGAAGUAUUAAGUGUUACAGUAUUUAGAGUACAAAAAAUAAUAGCUUUUGAGGUAUUUUUGCUAAAGAAAUGAUCAUUUUUAAAAAUUUACCUAAAAUUUGAAAUUUUAAACCAUUUUUCAAUAUAAAUUAUCAAUUUUUGAAAAUUUAUUACCUAAAAUUCGAAAAUUUUUUCAAAUUUCCCUUAAAAACUGCCAUUUUUCAGACAAAUGAAGCCCGGAUCCAGCUACGAAGUCCUGUUCCAAGCCAUCGUUUCGAAUCCGGAUUCAGAUUUGGCCAGUGUUUAUGAAUAUGUGCGACAGAAGCGGUUCUGCGACGUUCUGGCCAGCGACAUCAAGUCAGGUCGAGUGGUCAAGUUUCCUCAAUAUGAAAGUAACAUCAAGGGGCCAUUGAAGCAGCGUUAUGUAAGUGUUAUAUUUGGUGGUUCAAUUAAUUCUGUGCUCCUUGCUUUUGUAAAUUUGCUUUGGGCACAGAAGUAUUUGAACAAGGUAUUUGGAAUUUUCGAAUUUUUUUUUGAAAUUUUGAAAAAUUAAAUUUGUUUUAGUUUGUCAGCGGCUUCAAACCAGAUGAACACUUCAUUCGUCAGCUCAUGGCUCAUACCAAACAACAGGUAUGCUAUCCUUCUUAAGUUCAUGAAUGUGGGGUACAGUAGGGUAUUCUAGACCAGACUGGACUAGGGUAUGCUAGAGCAGACUGGACUAGGGUAUGCUAGAGCAGACUGGACUAGGGUAUGCUAGACCAGACUGGACUAGGGUACGGUAAGUCAGAUCAGACUGGACUAGGGUAUGCUAGGCCAGACUGGACUAGGGUAGGGUAUGAAAGGUGGAGUAGGGUAGGGUAGGCUAGAACAGACUGGACUAGGGUAGGGUAUGCUAGAACAGACUGGACUAGGGUAGGGUAUGAGAGGGUGGAGUAGUAAGAUUUCUUUUGGCCAGGUAGGGUAGGGUAAGGUGGGGUGGGGUAGGAUAAGCUAGAGUAGGAUAAGGUAGGGUGGGGUAGGGUAAGGUGGGGUGGACUACGACAUGGUUACCUAAGGUAGAGUAUAGGUAGGGUAUGCCUGGCUAUAUUAUCGUUACCCUACCCUAUCUAUAUUAGGGUAUAGAUUAGGUAGGGUAAGAUAAGUUAAGGUAGGUUAAAAAUGCAUUUUAAGAUAAAGUACCUUAAUAUUAAGUACAAUUUUGGGCCAAAAGUACGUAGAAAUCAUAUUUCCUAAAAGCGCGUCAAAAAGAAUCGGACUCAAAAGCACUGAAAUAUAUAAAAAAAAGGUCCAAUUCUUUUUGGCGCGUUUGAAAAUACGGUUAAUUUUGACUGUUCUUGAGACUUCUACGGACUUUUUCACCUCUUUUAUAUCACAAACACAUCUUUUAUAAUAGUAGGAAUUUUAAAUUACAGUACGAAGAGUUUCAAGACAAACUCGAGAAUGCCUGUAACAUGGUGGAGAACCGGUUCUGUGUCGAAGGAGAGAGCAUGAAAGUCAAGGUAAGGGACCUUUUUAAAGCUUUUUUGUGCUAAAUUGUACUGUAACAUAUUGGAUUUACUUUAGAGUACUACUGUAUCGUAUUCAUGCUAUAUAGUAUCGUACUGUAAUAUAAUGUAGUACUGUACUAUAUAGCAUCUUACUGUAAUGUUAAUUAGUAUUGUGCUAUAUAGCAUCGUAUUAUACGUAAUUAUGUAGUAUCGUACUGUAAUAUAUUUUGGUUCCAUAAUAUAUAGUACCGUACUAUAAUAUAUAUUAAUUCCAUACUAUAUAGUACCGUACUAUAAUAUUAAGUACUGUACUAUGCAGUCCCGUAUUAUAAUAUCUAGUGCUGUACAACCUAUACCCCGUCAUACUAUACAGUACUGUACUAUACGAUUUCAUAGCUAAAUUUUAUAUCACAGUAAAUUCCUUUCUACUAUAUAUCACAGAAACUUUCCCUUCUACUAUAUAAUAUAUCACAGUUACUCACCCAUUUACAGUACGACAACCUGUUCAAGGACCUGGAAACGAUGGGCCUGAGCCUGGACAGGGAUUCGGAUUCAGAAUCCGAACUCUCGACCCCGUUACCCAAGACCAAAGUGAAGAGAAGAAAGCAACAUUCUCCACCAAUGUUCACGGUUGGCGACACGGUAUCCAGCGACUUCAGUAGCCUCGACUUCGACACGGCUACCGAAGUGGAGACGGUGUUUUCGGACGGCGAAACCGACGUGGAGUUACAUCCUAUCCUGAAUUAA